CACACACAGAUUCUCCUGUGCGCGCGCAUGACCGGUGGUGCUGAAAGAACAGCGACCAUCUUCUGAGGACUGAGCGCAACUUAGUGAGGGUUUGUCCCGAGCUGAGGCGCAGGAAGGACUGUUGAUGGUGGGGGCGGAUAUUUGUUUCCAGCCCUCUAACGCCCCCACCUCUCCCCCCCUCUAGCUCUCUCCCGCUCGUGCUUCUUUGCGCGUUCUUGUGGACUUUCUUCACCACUGAAGUCUCCGCAGGAGAUCCUCUGUCGGUAAAGUGAUGCAGAAUCUGCAGGAGAAGAGUGCGGAGGACUUCAUUAGACAUGUCACCUCCAGUUCCUCCAAACGCCGAGCCUGAGCUGCUGCUUCUCCCGCUCUGACAUAAUCACAGACACAUUCUACGUGUUCUCCUUCUGGUCUUGGCUCCAGCUCUCCUCCCUCCCGGUUUGGAGGAGAACCCAAAAGCAGCGGCUCUGGGCGCGUUUCCCUUCUCUCCAGUCGCUCCCGGUGCGUCAGGAAGGAUUUCUGGAACUUCGCGAGGACUUCUUGUGAGAUGUUGGCGUUUGAAUUACACGUGUAGUGAUUUCAAGGAAAGUAGAAGGCGCGCGCGGGGAGCUGGGCUCUUGGACAAGAAGGGAAUUGUGUCUCGUGCCUCCAAAAACUCUUCCUUCCGGUCCUACCCGAACAUGGAUUGAUCUGUUUUCUCUACACUCAUUGAUGGACUGACUAUCAGAGAUUAUCUACCGAAACUUGGACCUGUGGGGGAGUUGGGAGGAAAGGUGAAGCCCGCACUGCAGCUCACACCCCCCACAGGAAGAGGCACAACGUCCGGAUUGAUUUAUUGAUUAAUUAAUCGUCUGAACCUGCAAAAGUUGGAACCUGCUGAUAAUCAGGCAGCUAUGAACUUCCUGGUCCGUUCUGUGUGGGUUCUUAACUCAGUUUAAAUAAAACUAAAGAGAAAAUAUCCAAUUUAUUUGAAUAUUAUUUUGUGCGCCAUGAAGACAAUUCCCUUCAAAACUGGAUGCGGUUUUAUCAAAUAAAUGGAUUAAAUGUGUGCUGUGGAUGCAAAAAGAUCCCUGUUUUUUAAAGAGUGGAUGAUCUGAGUCGCGAUUUCUUUAGCGUGACUGCUUCUCGGGAUUCCUGUUUGGAGACUCCAAGUUAUUUUUGGCUGCGCAAAAGUAGAGCGACUCUUUCCACGCCACUUCCCGGACAGAGCCCGGCUGAACGGCGGAGGUCCACCUGCCUGUCUGCGUCCUGGAAGACAGGAGCGGGACAGACAGAAGGCGCAGCAGGAGGAGGACAGCGGGAUGCGUAACUGCCGCUAACCGCGGCUGAUUUUUUGGAGAAGCGGGAAAAGACAUUUAUUUCUUUUCGAAGCCACAGAGGGCUGUCUGGUAGAGGUCGGAGCUCCCAUGUUUUAGGAGAAGAGGAGGACAGACGAGCUCCUUGAUUUACUCCUCUGUCACUCCGGAGCGGAGGAAUCUGUCUGCGCCGCUCAGCCGCGCGUCAGAGGUGGGAUUACUGCGGCACAUUUCAUCGGGUCAAGGUUCUGUCAUCUGGGAUCACUUCCGCCGAAGCGCCAGGUGUCAGGAACAAACAAGGACAUGAAGACUUUAUCUCUCCUGUUGCUCCUCCUCCUCGCCGCCUCUGGAGCCUGUGAUGACGUCAAGUACAUCUCCAAGAGGAACUCUGUGGACGGAUGCUUAGACUGGUCCGUGGAUCUGAAGGAGUACCACGUUCUGGCGGGUGAGCCUGUCCGGGUCAAAUGUGCCUUGUUCUACAGUUACAUAAGAACCAACUACAGCAUGGCCACCAACGCCAAGCUGCGCCUCAUCUGGUACAAGAACAAAGGAGAUGCAGAGGAGCCCAUCAUCUUCUCGGGUCACAGGCUGAGUAAAGAGGACGACUCCAUCUGGUUCAGAUCCGCCGAGCUGGAAGACAGCGGAUACUACACUUGCGUUCUAAGGAACUCGACAUACUGCAUGAAGGUGUCCAUGUCAAUGACGGUGGAGGAGAGCGACGACGGGAAAUGCUUCAGUAACAAAAUUCGCCAUCUGGAGAAAGCGGAGGUGACCCAUCCUAAAAUGAUCAACUGCCCCGACAUAGAGGACUAUUUGGCCCCAUACAAGCAGCCACAGAUGACCUGGUACAAGGAGUGUGAGCGGGUUGAAUGGAGGAGCUCCAUCACUGUCAACACCACACAUAUUUGGAUUCCCGAGAUAGAAGAGGGCGAUGGGGGAAAUUACACCUGCGAGCUGCAGUAUGGAUCCAGACUGGUGCGACGGACGACGGAGCUAAAAGUUACAGCUCUCCAGACAACUCAGCCUCCAAAGGUCUUAUUUCCCCCCGAGAAGCAAGACACGGUGAUAGAAAUCACUCCAGGAAUGCCGCUCAGUUUGGACUGCAGGGCAUUUUUUGGCUACAGUGGAGAAAACAGGAGGCCCAUCAUCUACUGGAUGAAAGGAGAAAAGUUUGUGGAGGAACUUGCAGGACACAUAAAAGAAAGUGAAUUCAGGAUCCUGAGAGAACAUUUAGGGGAGAAGGAGGUGCAGCUGUCCCUGACGUUUGAUGCUGUGGAGGAGGCAGAUCUGGCCAACUACACCUGUUAUGUGGAGAACCACAUAGGGAGGCGCAGCGGGAGUGCUAUACUGCAGAAAAAAGAUAUGUAUCGACUGGAGUUGGCGGGUGGGCUCGGGGUUAUCCUGCUGCUGCUGGGAGUCCUGACUGCUCUUUAUAAGUGCUACAACCUGGAGAUCAUGCUCUGCUACAGGAGACACUUUGGAAGCGAUGAGACAGAAGACGACAAUAAAGAGUACGACGCCUAUCUGUCCUACACCAAAGUGGAUCUGGACUCUUUGGGCAGGUCGAGCAGCGACGAGGAGACCUUUGCCCUGGAGAUCCUGCCGGACGUUCUGGAGAAACAUUACGGAUACAAACUGUUCAUACCAGACAGAGAUUUAAUACCCAGCAGCACUUACAUCGAGGAUUUGGCACGCAGCGUGGAGCAGAGCAGACGUUUGAUCAUCGUUUUGACUCCAGAGUUUGUGGCUAAAAGGGGGUGGAGCAUCUUCCAGAUAGAGACACGCCUUCACUCUAUGCUGGUUACAGGAGAGAUCAAGGUGAUCAUGAUAGAGUGUGCAGAUCUGAGGAAUGUCAUCAACUACCAAGAGGUGGAAGCACUUAAACACACCAUCAAGGUUUUAUCCAUCAUCAAGUGGAAAGGUCCAAAAAGCAACGAGCUUUCCUCCAAGUUCUGGAAACAGGUGGUCUAUGAGAUGCCUGCAAAACGGAGAGAGACGUUGUCCAGACGCCAGGUGAUGGACUCGGGCGAACAGGGCCUGUUUGGUGACCUACAGACUACUGUGUCUACUAUCGCCAUGACAACCACAUCUGCCUCAGUAGCGCCUCCCAAUGAGAACCGACAUGGACAUCAUCAGGUUGCCUUGGCAACAGAAAUCCCCGACUACAACCAGAUGACCUUGCCUCUGGGAGGGGGUCACACCGCCACAGCAGCCCAAAUGCGGCAUUUCUGCCGCAGCUAUGAGUUCCAGCUUCCCCCACAGCCCUCCAUGUCGCCUCCUCUCCCACCCCUCUCCACAGUACAGUUCUCCACUUUGGGCCCCGGGGGGCGCCACGUCUACUGCAACAUCCCUAUGACCCUGCUGAACGGACAGGUGGGUCAGAGCAGUACUCUUGGGAAGAAGCCGGACCUCCACCUGAACAGCACCUUCGUACCCCUCACCAGCAGAGAACUAAGCUCUGACAUCUGGUAGAUGGACUUCUCUGCUGAAACUGGACCACACAGCGGUUUACAGACUGCUUUUAUGGAAGACUGGUUGAGAACGCUGGUUCUCCUGGAGUUUUUGACUUUGUACAGACUGGUUUUCAGAAAAGACUGCCCACAAACUGCUUUUGGGUCACCUCAUGGUCACCUGCGAACAUGGCCUUCUAUCAAGUGGAUAAUGCCUGGCUGGAUGCUCACUAGAACACUGACGGAUGAAACGAACAACUGCAUUCUGCUUUGGGACUGGUUACUGAUUGCAACUAAGGAAAUGCUAUGAGUUGGAAUGACCUUUGGAAAGGGAUGCUCCAACACAAAACGUGUCAUAAUCAAGCAGCCUCCUGAAUGGAAAUGCAGAGAGGAAGAACAGAAUGUUUGAUUGGUCCUGCACACCUAAAAAGAGACACUGGACCCCCUUUUCUGUUCCACCUGAAAGCAGGAAAGUUGCACCUCAGAGCACAAGAUCUCUCCAAAUGGCAGUUUGCUCUCACACCAGCUUGUAUGAACACAUUUGGAUUUAUCAGAUCUUUAAAUACACAAAAUACGAGUCGACAAACAAAUCAUGUGACCCUACUGUCAGCUAGGCCUUCAUUAACUGAAGGUGACUUCUCAAAGUCUUUUAAAGACCCACUCUGAUGAAAACGGUGUUUUUAACAUGUUGGAGGACAUAUAUUAAGAAUUAAACUUAAAGCUGUCUUUAUUCAAAUAAUUAUGAAUUAGGAGCAAACGAAAAAAAUAUUGUUUGGAAAAGAUCGCAUUCGUGAGGUAAAAGAUUCUGAUUUUUCUUUGUUUUCCUCAUCUGAGCUGGCAUCUGGGUCAGAACUUUACGGGGGAGUAGCUCCAGGAUUGCUUGCCAUUUUUGUUGCACUGGUAGUGUAAAUUUCUAACGAAAUUAUGCAGAUUUUUUUUCUUUUUUGGGUAAAAACGGCAUAAUCAUAAUUAAAAGACCACUGAGAAUACUUUUAAAAUAGCUCAAAAUAUAAUCGGAGUGGGUCUUUAAAUAGUUUCUUUGGAAAGCAACACAAGUUAGUGUGUUGGCACACAAAGCAAACCACAAAUCAGCUCAAAAAUUGGGUUUUGAAAAGUUCAGGAAAUAUCAGGAAUGGUGUAAAGCAAUAGUGAAUAUUGCUGACCCAACACUGAGAAAGCAUAUUUUUGUGGAAACAGGUUACAUCAGCUUGUUGAGAGAAGUAGUCGUUGCUCCGUGAACUAGGCUGAGUCAGGACUCAUCUCUUCAUGCAGCCGUUGAGCUGCCAACUUAGGGAAGCAAACUGGCCAAGCGAUCAACUUUUCCCAACAAACUAGAAACAAAAAUGGACUUGGCGUUUUCUAUUUGCAUGACCACCCAUUUAGAGAACAAGAAAAAAUAAUCAAAUAAACAUAGAUAAAGGAAUAAACGACACGAUAAUUUGUUGCAACCUCUUUUAAAGGGGCGAAUAAACAUGUUGAUGAAGUAUGUUUGUCUUCUGUCCGGCCACGAUGUGAAAAAGAAGGUGUCCCUCUUAAAUCAUCUUUAGAAUUUAUUUCAUCCUGUUUGAUUUUAGUGUUUGCUACUUUUUACCAGGCUUUAUUUUUAUUUUUUAUAUUGUCUGUUACAAUAUCUGUACAGCUUCCAUUUCUUAUGUAUAGACCUAAAGGAGGCGGUUCUUUCUUCCCUGCAGUCCCACUCUGCAUUGAGUCUUUUUUUGUUCUGCUCCUCUUUGGUCGGGUGGAUGAUGGAUGGAUGGAUGGAUGGAUGGAUGGAUGGAUGGAUGGAUGAAGGAGGGAUGAAUCUGAGCGCCACCAGUCACCCAAAGGGGCUUCACUGCAGGAACAGCUGUUCUCCGAAAGGAAUCGGACCACAUUCUUGUUUGUGAGCUUUAAAAGAAAUAGAUUUACCAUAAUAUUUAAGCAAAGUGGAUGUUUUCGAUUUACACACAGGUACUGUCAUUGUCUUAUUAGAACAAAUGAAUUCUGGAUAUUUGAGAUUGUUUGAUACAAUAAUUAAUUAAUUAUAUGGGUUGAUAUAUUCAAUGGCAAUAUACAGUAUAGUGGUUGUCUUUUCAUCUUUGCUAAUUUCUUUGACUCUUCUUUGGAUAUAUUGGUUGAAAUAAUUUAAAUCAGAGCAAAUAAACAUUGCAUUAGUUGUUUUAUACA